AUGAAUUCAGAUAUCCUGAUGUACAAGAAAUGUUCAUAUGCUAUCUGCUACCCUUCGCAGACUCUGCGACUCCUUGCUGAGAAUGUUUUCAUUAAAGGUGUAAAUGUGCGCUACAUUACAGAAGUAGAUGAACGAUUUGGUGUUUAUGUGAGAUUAUAUGCUAUGGUAGAAUGUUUUGGGCAUGUGAUUAAAGCAGAAGAGUUGAUUGAACAGAUUCGGGAACAGGUUUUACCAUUUGAUCGAACGUUUGGUGAGCAUCCCAUAAACAACACCAAAAAUGAUAUGGAGCUGGCCCGCUUUCUAAAAAGAAUGUUAAUUACAUUGUACCGUCGAUGUCAUCGAGUAUGUGGAGAAGACGUACCAAAUAUUGGAGUCAUUGUAGUCCGUGAAAAAUUAAUUUACUGCGGAACUAUUGGAAAUUUUGUAUUCAUUUUACUACACCAAAGUGAUAACCCUUCUCAAAUGGAAACGAAUCCUCGGACGCACACCCUUCUUACUAACUUCAAUUUACUGGUCUCGCGAUCAGAUUUAAGAUUCUUCUUGUUUACUUUGGAAUCAAUUCGGUCACUGGUGAAAGCAAUCCCGUCUAUAAGUUUGUUCUUGAAAUCUGCUGAGGAACUAGCGUGGACAUUACAUUCAUGGCAAAUAAAGGUGUAUUCAGAAAAUCCAUGCAAUCUUUUCGAGGCUGGUUUCAUACUCGUGGAUAACUUGCAAAAGUUAGUGGCGGAAAACGCUACUUAUAUUGAACAGGACGUCGUUGAUAGACUAUUUAGAUCAAUUCAGGGCAUAGCUAAUGACGAAUUGUUGCUGUGUAUUAAGAAAGUAAAACGAAUUUUGGGCGCUGUGAAGUAUGAAACUGACCUAGUAAUUUAUAUGCACGAAACGGGUUGCAAGUAUCGACGGAUGCAGAAAAUAGCAAUGUCUGAGGCCGGCAUUGUAGAGAAUUUGCACAGCAUUCGUAUAGAGAUGGAGGAAGUAAUCAGUAGUGGGCAUAAGAUAAAUUUGGAAAUAAUUGGUAUCGAAAUGACCAUGUUGGGGCGGCAGGAAUUCACGAGAGCGUCAUCGUUGAGAGUAGUCAUGUUAGCCGACACAUCAUCUGACGGAUUUCAGUUUUAUUUGUGUCAUCAACCAAAGCGGAAAGUAGAAAGCAGCUGCGACAAGGUGAUUGAAUCGUUAUUGUUUUAA